UCAAAACUCCAUCAAGAUACGUGGAAUUGGUGUAACAGACUUCGCCCCGCUCUGACGUUCGCGUGUAAUUGUUCCGUGCGAUCGCUCUUGAAUUUAUCGCUACGUCAUCAGCACGCGUCUUUCUUAGUCCAUCUAAAACGCGCUCCUCACUCCUACCUCACAACACUACCCCACUUGCAACCUCAACACACAUUCCAACAACCCCACUCAACAAUGGAGACCAUCACCAACCUCGCGUCUACUGCUGCGAACACAGCGUCGAAGCUUAUCUAUGGCGACACCACUACUGCUGCUGCCGACACUACCACCAAGAACAAUGAGACGGGAGGCAUGGAGCCCAUCUCUGGCGAGCAGGGCAAAGGCACUGUCACUGAGCCGUUCGACCAAGGCAAUGCUGCAACCCCUCUCGAGAAGCCUUCGGGCUUAGGUGGCUUAGGUACUUCAGGUACCUCAGGUACUUCUGGUACCUUCCUUGACUACUCCAACCAGGUGUCAUCAGGUCAAGAGCCCAUCUCUGGUCUACAGGGUAAAGGUACCGCGGGUGAGCCUUUUGAUCAGGGAAACUCUCUAAACCCAACCGAUUCGUCUUCCAGCUCAUAUCGCCCAUCUGGCACAUCUACCGAUACCUACACGUCCAAUUUCGACUCGAACCCUGUUGGCGGAACGCAUGCGACCGGCAUCACGGACAAGGUCUGGAAACCAGCCCCGGUCGACAACGUCAGCACUUCGGUUAUCUCAUCAGCCCCGGUUGAUCCUCUGACUAGCGAGAGGGCGGGUUCUGAUCACCCCUUUGAGAAGUCUAGCUACGACAGCUUUGAGAAGCCCAGCCAUGACAGCUACGAGAAGCCCAGCUACGACAGCUACGACAAGUCCAGCUCCAUUCCUUUCGAGAAGUCGAGCUCUAGCCCCUUUGAACACUCAGGCUUUGCUUCUACUGGUCAAUCAAGCCAAUUCCCCACCGGCGUUCCUGCUCCUAUCGAGCAAUCUGGUUUCGCACCCACCCAGCAAUCUGACUUCGCUCCCAUCCAGCAGUCUGACUUCGCUUCCACCCAACAGUCUGGCUUCGCUCCUGUCGAGAAGUCCGGUUUUGCACCUACCGAGCAGUCUGGUUUCGCACCUACCGAGCAAUCCGGCUUCGCACCAUCAGAACAGUCGAAGUUCUCCUCCGACGAUAGGUCAAAGAUUCCUGUUCCAGUCAGGGAGUCUGAGAUUGCCUCUACUAGUGGUUCCGGCAUGCCUGCUGUCGACACUGCCCCUCUUGAGUACAAAUACCCGGGUUCGGGCACUCCCGACAGGGCUUCUGAUGUCCACGAGGCAGGUGUUAUCAAUGACUCCAAUGCUGGCUUUGGAAACACCUCUCACAACCCUGUGGGACAUCACCAUGACACCAAGACGGGAGCGUUCACAGGUUCUGCCGUCGAUGGGACUCACUCCGGUGCCGGCAAUCCGGUAACUUCGGGAGAGACCAACCGUCUUGCGGGAGAGAAGAGCAGUUAUCAGUCUGGGUCGAUGACUUCACCUACGUCGACAUCAUCCGCUGGCACUAACCAAGGCGCUCCCCACGAGAGCAAGAUGUCAAAGAUCAUGGACAAGCUUCAUAUUGGUCACAAAUAGGUGGCUUGUCACUUGCACUCGUUCAAACUAACGGAGUUGUCCUUUCUUACUUGACGAUGGAUGAUAUAUGAUACCACGGCGUGAAUCGCGAACCUCUGGGCGGACUUUUUGUUACAUGUAGCUUAAACGCCAUGUUCUGAUGAAUGAUAAAAGCUUUUCAUACGUUGCUGCUUCCAUCUGUUUCUACACUUAGUGUCUUCUCGUACAUGUCGAAACCCACUUCUGAAAGAAUGACUAUGUGCCUGCUCAUCCUCUCAACUCGUUUGAUACCGAAAACCAUGAUAAAACGCCAAGCCCC